AUGGCUCUGCUGCUCCUCGCCGGGCUCCUCGCCCUGCUCAGCGCCUGCCCUGGCACCGUCUCCCUCCUCAUCGAGACCUGGCGGCUGGAGGAGGCCGAAGGCCCCGCGGGCCGGCGGGAGCGGCGCGGGGCCGCGGGGCGCCCCCGGGCCGCGCUGCCGCGAGGCGACGGCAACCGCGGGACCGAGAACGGCGUCGCCGCCGCCGCCGGAAGUCGCCUCCGCGGCACCGGAAGUCGCCGCCUGGGCGCCGCCGGAUGUGGGCCGAGCGCCGCCGGAAGUCGCCGCGGCGGCGCCGGAAGUGCCGGCGACAGCGCGGAAGCCGCCUCGGCGGCGGGACCGGAAGCGGAGCCGUCGCCCUGCGCCCUCGGCCCCUGCUUUAACGGCGGCGCCUGCGCCCCCGCGCCGCCGCCCGGCGCCGGUUACAGCUGCCGCUGCCCGCCCGGCUUCCGCGGCUUCAACUGCGAGCGCCGCGCCGACCGCUGCGCCGACCGCGUCUGCCUCCACGGCGGCCACUGCCUGGACCUGGGCCGGAGCGUGAUCUGCAAGUGCCGGGCGGGCUUCUCGGGGCCGCGGUGCGAGCACAACGUGGACGACUGCAGCCCCAACCCCUGCGCCAACGGCGGCACCUGCGUGGACGGGGCCAACAGCUACAGCUGCUCGUGCACCCUGGGCUACGGCGGGGCCGACUGCCGCCGGCGGGCCGACGCCUGCGCCUCGGGGCCCUGCCUGCACGGUGCCACCUGCUACACCCACUUCUCGGGCCACGUCUGCGCCUGCGCCCCCGGCUUCAUGGGUGCCCGCUGCGAGGUGCCGGUGGGGGGGCCGCCGGCUGCGCCCCGCCGGCCCCCGCAGGCCCCGCUGGCCCUGGCCGCCGCCCUCCCACUGGCGCUGCUGGGCCCCGGCCUGGGGCUGGCCCUGGCCGCUCGCCGCCGCCGCCGCCCCCCACCGCUGCCCCCCCCACGCAGCCCCCUGCCGCAGCCAGGUGGGCCCCCGGCUGCCCCCGCCCCCGACCGGCGGCCGCCCCGCGUCUCCGCCACCCAGGUCUGACCUCAGCGACGACGAUGGAGCCAUGCUGGGGGGAGGCUGGACCCUCCCCUGCCCACCGUGGACCCUCCAUGGCCACGCCCCUUCAUAAGUCCCGCCCCUUCAAGUCCCGCCCCUUCCCCAAGCCCCGCCCCUUUACACCCGAGCCCCUCCUGCUUUCUAAGCCCCCUCCCACCCGCCAGGAAGAGGCCACGCCCCUCCCACACAAGCCCCGCCCCUUACCAGGCCCCGCCCAUUCCAAGCCCCUCCCAGCCACUCAGUCGCCACGAGGCCCCGCCCCCCUCGGCAAGCCCCUCCCCUCCCCACCCCAGCACCGAGCCAAUCGGCAAGGAGCAGGCCCUGGGCCAGGGGAGGGGCGUGGUGAGAGGAAGCCCCGCCCCCUCACACCCACACUGGCCAAUGGGUAAAGAGGUGGGGCAGGGGGAGCCCCACCCCCUCACAUGGCACCUCCCCCCCAUCCAGGGGCAUCUGGGGGCUGUGGAUGGGAUGCAAAUUAAAUGCAAAUGAGAUGCAAAUGAGAA